GAAUUCCCGAUAAUAUAAACCGCUGCCUAAGCUAUAUAUACACCGGGCGAUGCAUGGUGGCCUUGCAUCAUUAGAGUGUUUUCUGCUUCCAAGUUCAACUCAUCCAUAUUUCAACCAAAACAGAGCUCCUGAUCGGCUGAUCGAGCACGAGCGUUUGAGAUAUGGCUGGUGGUGGCUUCGUAGCGGCGGACGGCGGUGCCCAUGACUACGGCGGCGGCGUGACUCUCUCCGUCGUGGUGACCUCCCUCAUGGCCGCCUCCUGCGGCCUCAUCUACGGCUACGACACUGGGGUCACAGGUGGGGUGACUCAGAUGGAGUCGUUCCUGAGCAAGUUCUUCCCGGAGGUCCUGCGCGGGAUGAAGAGCCCGAGGCGCGACGCCUACUGCAAGUACGACAACCAGUGGCUCACCGCGUUCUCGUCGUCGCUUUUCAUCGCCGGCACGCUGUCGUCCUUGGUGGCGAGCCGGGUGACGAGGAAGGUGGGCCGCCAGGCCAUCAUGCUGAUCGGCGGCUCCAUGUUCGUCGCCGGCUCCGUCAUCAACGCCGCCGCCGUCAACAUCGCCAUGCUCAUCAUCGGCCGCAUGCUACUGGGCUUCGGUCUCGGGUUCACCUUACAGGCAGCUCCCGUGUACCUCGCCGAGACAGCGCCGGCGAGGUGGCGCGGCGCGUUCACGUCAGCAUACAACACCUUCGUCGUCAUCGGCAUACUGUCGGCUACCAUCACCAACUACUUCACGAACCGCAUUCCAGGCUGGGGCUGGCGCGUGUCCCUGGGGCUAGCGGCCGUCCCGGGCGUCAUCAUCGUCGUGGGCGCCUUCUUCGUCCCGGACACCCCCAGCAGCCUGGUCCUGCGAGGCCAGCCCGACGAGGCUCGCGCGGCGCUGCAGCGCAUCCGCGGGGCUCACGCCGACGUCGGCGCCGAGCUCAAGGACAUCGUCCGCGCCGUGGACGAGGCGCGGCAGAACGACGUCGGCGCGUUCCGGAGGCUGUUCAGCAAGCGGUACCGGCACUACCUGACGGUCGGGCUGGCCAUACCCGUGUUCUACCAGUUCACCGGCAUGAUCGUCAUCUCCGUCUUCUCGCCCGUGCUGUUCCGCACGGUGGGGUUCAAUAGCCAGAAGGCCAUACUUGGCUCCGUCAUCAACAGCACCACGAACCUGGUCGCCACGGUCCUGUCCACCUUCGUCAUGGACCGCACCGGCCGCAGGUUCUUGUUCAUCGUCGGCGGCAUAGGAAUGAUGCUCUGCGAGGUGGCCAUUUCGUGGGUGAUGGCGGGCCAUCUGGGGAAGCACCAGGGGGUGGCGGCGAUGCCCCGGGGCUACGCGACGGGCGUGCUGGUCCUGAUCUGCAUGUGCACCUUCAGCUUCGGGCUGUCAUGGGCACCGCUCAGGUGGGUGGUGCCGAGCGAGAUCUACCCCGUGGAGAUCAGGUCGGCCGGGCAGGCCAUGAGCAUCUCCGUCGCGCUCUGCCUCGCCUUCGUGGAGCUGCAGGUGUUCAUCGCGCUGCUCUGCGCCAUGAAGUACGGCGUGUUUCUCUUCUACGCCGGUUGGCUUCUCGUCAUGACGAUCUUCAUGGCGGCGUUCCUGCCGGAGACCAAGGGCGUGCCGCUGGAGGCCAUGCGGUCCGUGUGGACGCAGCAUUGGUACUGGAAAAAGCACGUCAGUGAUGCCAAGCAGGAAAGCGAAAUCAGCGCUGUAUCGACUGAUUAAUCAGCGCAAAUUCAGUGCUUGUUGUGACGUGUCCGUCGUUUAUUUCAACAAACUGAAGGAAUGAAAAAAAAAUACUACUCCUUUGUUCCAAACGGGCCUCAACUUUCUUUACCGAUUUGGUUGAACUUUUGUAAGCCGACCUUGACGAACCAACAGUCCAUUCAUCACUCACCAGUACAUUAUAAGGCCUACUCUUGACCGGCUCAUUUCAUUCCCAUU